AGGCUCCUUGUAAUGUUGUGAGGAAGAGUGAGGUGGAUAGUUUAUCUGGGUCAGCGACGCAUCAUGAGAAGCUGCUGCGUGUACCUUUUCUGCACGUUGCUGUGCAUCACCAAAAACUUGGACGCCGACGCUGUGAUCCGGACGGAGGAAUACACAGCUAGACAUUUACGAUAUUUUAUGACCGCGGAUGGCAACGAAAAGCAAUUGAUCAACGAUUUACAUGAAGUUUUGGACAGACUUCAGAAAAAUCAACUUUCAGCCCUGAGGAAAAAACAUGGCCACUUGCCCAUGUGUGAUCCAGGAGAGCAGUGUGCACUGCGAAGAGGCUCCAGGAUCGGGAAACUGUGUGAUUGCUCUCUGCCGAGAACAUGCAAUUCUUUCUUACAUCGAUGUUUAUAAUCCAAUCGUUGCUAUCUAACCUUAAAAAAAUAAUAAUAAUCUUGUCUGUUGGGUAUUGUACUGUAGCUAUAAAUCUAUAAACAAUUUUUUUAUAGUUUUAUAGUGUGAAAAUAUUUAUACUUCAUUUAAUAAAUGAUUUAUACAAAUGAA